AUGCCGACAGCUUUGGUGACAGGUGCAACCGGCAUCACCGGACGCGCCAUAACGAACAAGCUCCUCUCAUCGCCUGAAUGGACAAGCAUAACCACGCUCUCCCGAUCGCAGUCCUCGCAUUCUUCCAACCCCAAGAUCCACCAUGCAACCCUCGACCUCCAAUCGUCUGCGGAAUCCAUGGCGUCGUCCCUGUCGGGCAUCAGCGCCGAGUACAUCUUCUUCUGCGCGUACCUGGCCCGGGACGACGAAGCCGAGGCGGCGAAGGUCAACGGGGCGAUGCUGCAGAACUUCAUCGACGCCCUGCGCCACACCGGCUCCAUCAAGUCUCUCAAGCGGCUGAUCCUGGUGAACGGGCUGAAGCAGUACGGCGUGCACCUGGGCCGCACGAAGCAGCCGAUGCACGAGUCCGACCCCCGGCUGCGGGGGGACCCGUGGCCCGAGAACUUCUACUACACGCAGCAGGACAUCCUCGCGCGGGCGGCCAGGGAGGACCUCAAGAGCGUCGGCUGGACGUGGGUCGUGACGUUCCCGCAGGACGUCAUCGGCGUGGCCAAGGGGAACUUCAUGAACCUCGCGACCGCGAUCGGGCUGUACGCCAGCGUCAUGGCCACCCUGCCGCGCGGGGAGCUCGCGUUCCCGGGGAGCAAGGAGAACUACCUGGCCUUCAACUGCUGGACGUCGGCGAAGACGCACGCCGAGUUCUGCGCCUGGGCCGCGCUCGAGCCCAAGGCCGGGGACGAGGCCUUCAACGUCAUCAACGGGGACACCGAGAGCUGGCAGAACCUGUGGCCCAAGAUGGCCGGGCGGUACGGCGCCAAGGUGCCCGCGAACAUGUUCCCCGGGGAAAAGUACGACGGGUUCGAGGCCACCCGCCAGGAGCUGCCGACGCCGAUGCCGCUGGCCGUGUACGCCGAAGCCAUCGGCCUGAAGGACGAGUUCGAGGGCAAGCACAGCGUCAUCCAUCAGCAGAUCGACACGACGAAGUGGGCCCAGAGGCCCGACGUGGUCGAGGCCUGGGAGAAGCUUAGAGACAGGUUCGGCCUUCAGCAGGACACCUGGGACAAGGCCACCUGGACCUUUGUGACCUUCUUGUUCGGACGGAACUACUCGUGCGUCGCGAGCAUGAGCAAGGCGAGGAAGUUGGGGUGGACAGGCUAUCAGGAUACGUGGGACGCCUUUGAAGAGACGUUCGAGGAGUUGGAAAAGGAGGGCAUCUUGCCAAAGCCAAAGGCCGGUGAGCUGCGCGGGAAAUGA